UAUUAACGAUAGUAUCUUUGUUAAAGAGCCCAACACUUCCUCUAAACAUUAACUCGCAUUGCUUGCGGUACUGUUUUGGAAACAUAAGGAAUAUAUCUUUCAUAUCAGCAGGAAAUAAUAAUAAAAAAACAAAAGGUAAAUUACUACACACAUUUUAUAGGGUUAAUGUUGCCACAUUGCCAGAUCUCCAUGUUACAGCGCUUGUUUUUGGGAACGACUGGCCCCCACCUAUGCUAAUUGCUUUGAACACCUGUGUGAAGCUAAAUGGGGAGGUAGUGUAGUUUCUCAACUGGAGGCACACACGGUGUAUGGAUCUGUGCAAAACUGCUACAUUGUCCAGUCUGUCUAUCGAGGAGCCAGAGGAUGCAGAGCUGGCCUACACUAUGAGAGACCUGCCCCCCACCCCCCCACCCCGGGGUGCAUCUGUGGACCAAAACACAACUCCGGGAUGCCACACACCUGUCGUUGACCGAGAACCACAGGGAACUGGGCUCGAGAUGGGGCGACCCCCUCACACCCCAGGAGGGACACCCCUGCUUUCUCGGCCCUCCCCUGGUGGCCCCCCUCCCUUCACCCCCCCCAGGACCAAACGUGCCCCCCUGGAGGGAGAGUUUGAGCCGCUGCAGCUGAGGAAGUACCAGCUGACCUCUAUGGGGUCGCGGUCCAUGGACUCCUCCCCUCAGUCCCGACCACGCAGCCCCUGGGGACACUUUGACCCGUACGACUCUGCAGAGGACAUGGACAGGGAGUAUGUAGGCUUUGCCACUCUGCCCAACCAGGUACACAGGAAGUCAGUCAAAAAGGGUUUUGCCUUCACCCUCAUGGUAGCAGGAGAGUCUGGUCUGGGUAAAUCCACUCUGGUCAACAGUCUGUACCUUACAGACCUCUACAACAACAGGAAGGUGCUGAAUGCAGAGGAGCGGAUCGCACAAACAGUGUUCAUCACCAAACACACCGUGGGUAUCGAGGAGAAGGGGGUCAGACUCAGACUCUCCAUCGUAGAUACACCAGGGUUUGGUGACGCUGUCAACAACACAGAGAGCUGGAAAGAGAUAGAGGACUACAUUGACCAGCAGUUUGAGCAGUACUUCAGAGACGAGAGCGGCCUGAACAGAAAGAACAUCCAGGAUAACAGAGUCCACUGCUGCCUCUACUUCAUUUCUCCCUUCGGACAUGGUCUGCGGCCGUUGGAUGUGGAAUGUAUGAGGGCUCUGCAUGAGAAGGUGAACAUAGUCCCUGUUCUGGCCAAAGCUGACAGCCUCACACCCACUGAGGUCCGCAGGAAGAAGAUGAAGAUCCGAGAGGAGAUGGAGAAGUUUGGCAUCAACAUCUACCAGUUCCCAGACUGUGACUUUGAUGAAGAUGAGGAGUUUAAACAGCAGGAGCAACUGCUCAAGGACAGUAUUCCUUUUGCUGUAAUAGGCAGUAACAUCCAGGUUGAGAGUAAAGGACGCAAGUUCAGGGGUCGGCUCUACCCCUGGGGUGUAGUGGAAGUGGAGGACCCGGCCCACAGUGAUUUCCUGCUGCUGAGGAACAUGUUGGUGAAGACUCACAUGCAGGACCUGAAGGAUGUCACCAGAGAGACACACUACGAGAACUACAGAGCACAGUGUAUACAGAACAUGACACGCAUGGUGGUGCAGGAGAGGAAACGCAGCUUGCGUGAUAAGAUUCGGAGUGAGAGCAGCGUUGACUUCCCCAUGACCCCACUCCCACUGGCCCCCGUAGACCGCGAGACAGAGAGGCUCAUCUGGGAGAAGGACGAGGAGUUGAGGAGGAUGCAGGAGGUGUUGGAGAGGAUCCAGGAGCAGAUGCAACAAGGACAGAAACCAGACUACUGAUUUACCAACAAUCCUCCUGGGCCUCUGAGGUUCAUUCCGUAGACACCUAGAAAAGGGGAGGAAAUUUGCAUCAGAGGAAGAAACGUGACAACCUCACUCAAACCAGCACAUUCACCUCAUUGGUGUAUCAGUCUUCGAGGUCUCCAUGGAAAUGAGAUCAGGCAGGAAUCCUCUGCAUCUGAAUGUUCUGAACCCAUGUCAUUUUUGUUCCCCCAAACUGUUUUAUGAGAAGGUCCUGUAAACAUUGUUACUAAUGCUGUGGCCUAGUCUUGAUUCCCUACAUACCUUAGGUGUCAAUUCAGGAAGUAAACUUAGACCGUUGAAGUGUCAGAAAGAAAGAAGCAGCACAAACAGUGUGUAGUAAAUGUAAUAUGAUUUAUUAAGAAUCUUCAUUAUUA